AUGUCAGUGAACGAGCUCUUUACCAAGAUUCUGACAUGGCAGGUUGGUUUUGGGUGCGAGGUGACUCAGCUGUGCAUGCCUAGUUCCCAGUCAGACCACUCAUACCUGAAAGCCCAGAGCGCGUCUGAGGAGCCGACAUGUCUUCGGCAUAAGUGUACAGCUCUGAAUGGCUCAGUGGCUCUGAAUCAUGUCCUCAUUGUGUCAACGCAGAUUCCAAAAACCUCAAGUUACAUCUCUGUUUCACUGUGUUCACAGUACACCCGGGUAUGGAUCCCUGAUCCGGAGGAGGUGUGGAAGUCUGCCGAAAUUAUCAAAGACUACAAAGAGGGAGAUCCCAUACUGCACCUCAAACUAGAGGAUGAAUCGACACUAGAGUAUCCCGUCGGCCCUAAGCAAAACCAGCUUCCUUUCCUCCGGAACCCUGAUAUUCUGGUGGGAGAAAAUGACCUCACGGCUCUCAGCUACCUUCACGAGCCUGCUGUGCUCCACAACCUUAAGGUCCGGUUCCUGGAGUCCAACCACAUUUACACCUACUGUGGGAUUGUUCUGGUGGCCAUCAACCCAUAUGAACAGCUGCCCAUCUAUGGAGAAGAGGUCAUCAAUGCAUACAGUGGGCAGAAUAUGGGGGACAUGGACCCCCAUAUUUUCGCUGUGGCAGAGGAGGCCUACAAACAGAUGGCCAGGGACGAGAAGAACCAGUCCAUUAUUGUGAGCGGGGAAUCUGGAGCAGGAAAGACUGUCUCUGCUAAGUAUGCAAUGCGCUUCUUUGCCACAGUGGGAGGAUCAGCCAACGACACCAACGUGGAGGAGAAAGUGCUCGCUUCCAGCCCUAUUAUGGAGGCUAUUGGCAACGCAAAGACCACUCGCAAUGACAACAGCAGCCGUUUUGGGAAAUACAUCCAGAUUGGCUUCGACAGGCGGUAUCACAUCAUCGGUGCCAACAUGCGAACGUAUCUGCUGGAGAAGUCGAGAGUAGUGUUCCAGGCAGAAGAUGAGAGGAACUACCAUAUUUUCUAUCAGCUUUGUGCCUCAGCCUCCCUCCCUGAGUUCAGUGAUCUUGGCUUGACCAGCGCAGAGGAUUUCACAUUCACCUCUCUCGGUGAGAACAUAUUCAUAGAAGGAGUGAAUGACGCGGAGGACUUUGAGAAGACGAGACAGGCCUUCACGCUGCUUGGUGUUAAGGAGAGUCAUCAGAUGAACAUCUUCAAAAUCAUGGCAUCUAUCCUGCACUUGGGUAACGUGGAGAUCUGCUCAGAGAGAGAUGGAGAGUCCUGCCACAUUGAGAGAGACAACCCUCACUUGCAGCAUUUCUGCCGGCUGUUGGGGGUCGAGCUGGAGCAGAUGGAGCACUGGCUCUGUCGCAGGAAACUGGUGACGGCGGCCGAAACCUACGUGAAGAACAUGUCCGCCGCCCAGGCAGCCAACGCCCGCGAUGCCUUGGCCAAACACAUCUACGCCCAUCUCUUCGACUGGAUCGUGGAACACAUCAACAAAGCCCUACACACCUCUUCCAAACAACACUCCUUCAUAGGAGUGCUUGAUAUCUAUGGGUUUGAAACAUUUGAGAUCAACAGCUUUGAGCAGUUCUGCAUCAACUACGCCAACGAGAAACUUCAGCAACAGUUCAACUCGCACGUGUUUAAACUGGAGCAAGAGGAAUACAUGAAAGAGCAGAUCCCUUGGACCCUCAUCGACUUUUACGACAACCAACCCUGCAUUGACCUCAUAGAGGCCAAACUGGGUAUCCUGGAUCUUCUGGAUGAGGAGUGCAAGGUACCUAAAGGCACGGAUCAGAACUGGGCCCAGAAGCUGUAUGAGCGCCACUCAAGCAGCGAACAUUUUCAGAAGCCCAGGAUGUCGAACCGCUCCUUCAUAGUGGUGCAUUUUGCAGAUAAGGUGGAAUACCAAUGUGAUGGCUUCUUGGAGAAGAACAGAGACACAGUCUAUGAGGAGCAGAUUAACAUCCUGAAGGCAAGCAAGUUCCAGCUGGUUGCAGAUCUCUUCCAGGAGGGGAAAGAUGCGGCCGCCUCGUCCUCCGCUGGGAGAGGUAAGAUCAGCAUCAGGCCGGCCAAACCCGCCAUCAAAGCCCCCAACAAGGAGCACAGAAAAACUGUCGGCCAUCAGUUUCGGAACUCACUACAACUCCUUAUGGAGACUCUUAAUGCUACCACCCCACACUAUGUGCGCUGCAUCAAACCCAACGAUGAAAAGGAAGCCUUCGCAUUUGAUUCCAGAAGAGCCGUACAGCAGUUGAGAGCAUGCGGAGUGUUGGAGACCAUCCGUAUCAGCGCUGCCGGAUAUCCGUCCAGGUGGACAUACCUGGAUUUCUUCAACCGAUACCGGGUUCUUAUGACAAAGAAAGAUAUGACCGUCGGCGACAAGAAGCUUGUGUGUAAGAACCUUCUGGAAACUUUAAUUAAGGAUCCAGAUAAGUUCCAGUUUGGCAAGACCAAAAUCUUCUUCAGGGCCGGCCAAGUGGCUUAUUUGGAGAAGCUCCGAGCGGACAAGUUCAGAUUUGCCUGCAUUAAGAUCCAGAAGACGGUACGAGGAUGGCUGCAAAGGAUCCGAUACCAGAAGAUCCGCAAGUCUGCCCUCGUGCUGCAGAGAUACGGCCGCGGCUUCCUGGCCCGCAGGUAUUUCGAACACCUGCGUCUGACGCGUGCCGCUCUCAUUUGUCAGAAGCAGUACCGCAUGGUCAGAGUACGACGAGAAUAUCUCAGAAUCCGUCAGGCUACGAUUACCAUCCAGGCCUUUACCCGCGGCAUGUUCAUACGCAGGCUGUACCAAGAGUUCCUGCUCCAUGUCAAAGCCAUUAUCAUCCAAAGAACAGUCCGUAGCUGGCUGGCCAGGAGGAAGUUCAGACGGGCCCGUGACGCAGCCAUCGUGAUCCAGUGUGCCUAUCGCCGUGUGCUGGCCAAGCGACAGCUGAAACAGCUGAAGAUUGAAGCCCGGUCGGCCGAGCACUUUAAGAAGCUCAACGUUGGCAUGGAAAACAAGAUAGUGCAGCUCCAGAGGAAGAUGGACGACCAGUCCAAAGAGUAUAAGACUCAGAAUGAACAACUUUCUGUUGCCAACGUUACUCUGGGCUCGGAGGUCACCAAACUGCAGAAAGAGCUGGAGACGCUCCGUAGUCGCCAAAGCGACGGGAGUCAGCUUACCUCCCUCCAGGAGGAGCUGGAAAGGCUGAGGGCGGAGCUGCAGGAGGCCCACGCUCACAGGAAGACACUGGAGGAGGAGUACAGCAGUGAGAAGCUCACAUUAGAACAGAGGGUGGAGGAGCUGGAGAAAGAGAACUCUUUACUGAAAGAAGAGAAAGAGGAGAUGAACCGCAAAAUCCUGCAACAGUCAAAGAGCGGGGAAGGCCAGGAGAGCAGCUCAUCACAGAAAGAGAUCCGUCUGCAGACUGAGCUGGAUGAGGAGAGACUUCGCUAUCAGAACCUGCUGAAAGAGUUCUCCAGGCUGGAACAGAGAUAUGACAACCUACAGGAAGAAGUCUCCCUGGCUAAGUUUCAGCCCGGCCAUCGGCGAAACCCGUCCAAUCAGAGCAGUCUGGGUUCUGACUCCAACUACACAUCAAUCACCAUGUCUGAGGUGGGAGAUACUGAGGACGCCAUCCAGCAAGUUGAGGACAUGGGCUUAGAGAAGGCGGCCAUGGACAUCAGCGUGUUUAUGAAGCUGCAGAAACGGGUGCGGGAGCUGGAGCAGGAGAGGAGGAGGCUCCAGAGUAACAUGGAGAAGAUGGAGGAUCUGGCCAAGCGUAAAGGUGUUGAGUCCAAGGAGUCUACGUCAGAGGAGGAUUCUAAUGCAGACUCAGCCUACCACAGUCUCAAGAGACAGGAGCUGGAGUCUGAGAAUAAGAAACUGAAGAAUGAUCUGAACGAGCUGAGGAAGACUGUGGCUGACCGGGCCUCAGAGGGCAAUGCCUCUAACGAGCUACAGGAGAGCUACAACCUGCUCCUCGGCCAGUUCAAAGCAGCCAAUGAGGAGCUGGAAAUCCGCAAGGAGGAGGUCCUUAUGCUAAAGGCCCAGGUCCUCCGCUCCACCAAACAGAGUGAAGAAACCAAUCAUAUUGACACCAAUAACGUGCAGGAUUGGAGCAACAACAGAAAGUCAGUGGAUAACGAGGAAGCUCUUCGGUCUUUCCAUGGACUCAGUGAGUCAAAGAAUAAGUCUCAGGACUGGGGUUAUUUGAAUGAAGAUGGAGAACUGGGACUGGCUUUCCAGGGUUUAAAGCAAGUAGCCAGGCUGUUGGAGGCCCAGUUGCAGUCUCAGGACAGGAUGUAUAAGGACGAGUUGGAGGCUCUCCAUACCCAGAUUGAGCUGCUGAAGGUGGACCUGGAGAAGAAACAGGAGGCGCUUAACUACACCAUGUCCUUGUCUCCCGAGGACAAAGUGGAGUUCAGCGUGCAACAGGAGCUCACUCGGCUGACCAACGAGAACCUGGACCUCAAAGAGCACAAGGAGAAACUAGAGAAGAAUGAGAGGAAACUGAAGAAGCAGCUGAAGAUCUACAUGAAGAAAGUGCAGGAGCUUGAAGUGGCUCAGGUAGCGGCGAGCAGAGGCAGACCCGAGCUAAGCCGUCAGGUUACGGUCCAGAGGAAGGAGAAGGACUUUGAAGGUAUGCUGGAGUACAACAAGGAGGACGAGGCCGUGCUGAUCAAGACGCUAAUCACAGAUAUGAAACCCCAUGCUGUGUCUGCCACAGUACCCUGUCUCCCUGCCUAUAUUCUGUUCAUGUGUAUCCGCCACGCUGACUACAUCAACGAUGACCAGAAAGUUCACUCGCUGCUCACUUCCACCAUCAACGCCAUCAAGAAGGUUCUCAAGAGAAACAGUAACGACUUUGAGAUGACCUCCUUCUGGCUGGCUAAUACAAGUCGACUCCUACAUUGUCUCAAACAAUACAGCGGGGACGAGGCGUUCAUGACUCAGAACACCACCAAACAGAACGAGCACUGCCUGAAGAACUUUGACCUUGCUGAGUAUCGGCAGGUCCUGAGUGACCUCUCCAUCCAGAUCUACCAGCAGCUCGUCAAAAUAGCCGAGGGAGUCUUACAACCUAUGAUCGUGUCGGCGAUGCUGGAGAGCGAGAGCAUACCCAGUCUAGCCGGAGUGAAACCCACGGGCUACCGGAAGCGCUCGUCCAGCGUGGACUGCGAGUCCGGGGGGCCGGGGGGCUACACUCUGGAGGGGCUGAUCCGCCAGCUGGGCCAGUUCUACGGCAUCAUGGGAGAGCACGGCCUGGACCCCGAGAUCGGCCAGCAGGUGAUCCGUCAGCUCUUCUACAACAUCAACGCCGUGACGCUCAACAACCUGCUGCUGCGCAAAGACGUCUGCUCCUGGAGCACCGGCAUGCAGCUCAGAUACAACAUCAGCCAGAUGGAGGAGUGGCUUAGGGGGAAGAACCUGCAGCAGAGUGGGGCGGCGGAGACCAUCCAGCCGCUCAUCCAGGCCGCUCAGCUGCUGCAGGUGAAGAAGAAGACGUCUCAGGACGCCGAGGCUAUCUGUUCGCUCUGCACGGCUCUCAGCGUGCAGCAGAUUGUGAAAAUCCUCAACCUUUACACUCCGCUGAAUGAGUUUGAAGAAAGAGUCACGGUGUCAUUCAUCAGAGACAUACAGAGUCGUCUGCAAAACCGAACCGAUAAGAACCAGCUGCUGGUAGACACCAAGCACACGUUCCCUGUCCUGUUUCCCUACACCCCUUCUGCCCUGAGCCUGGAGAACCUGCACAUCCCUGCCUCCCUCAACCUGGACUUUCUCAUAUGGGUCUGAGACCUGACACUGGGCCUCUCUAAACCAGGUGUGGAGGGAAGAAGCACUCUGGGCACUAACCAGCUGUUCCCUCCUCCUAAACAGUGGAUGGCGCUGUAGGAGAAGUCAGCGAGAAGAGAAAGCUGUCUAACAGGCCAUCUCAGGCGCUUCAGUUUCAGAUCGUAUCGUUUCGGCUCAGGCUUGAGCUAAAAUGCUACCUGCUCUGUCAUCCGGCUUUUAGACAGUUAUUUCUCUGAACCAGCUACAUUUCUGUGCGCUCUGUUUUAAUAUGCUGGGGCUUUUUUUUUAAGAAGCAGAAGCACAGGGUCAUAGCACUACAAAAGAAGCGUUCAAAAGAAUUUGUUCCUUUAGGGCCAGCAGAUCCCUCAGCCAAUCAGAAGGAUUGACUCAUCUGGACCAAGUGGAGCGUCUGGCUUA